UUGACAUGAUAUAUGUAUUUUCAUCUGCAAAAAUUUCUGCAAUUAUUUUUAAAGAAAAAAAAAUAAUUUUUCAUAUUUUUUUGAAUAUUUAUGUGCACAUAAAAUGUUUUGCAGACGCAAGAAAUAUUUUGGACUUUCAAAAUGCAUCAUAUUUCUCACGUAAGAACAAUUUGUGUGUCAACAUAUUGCUUACACUCAUUUUUGUUUUACAAAGAAUUUUUUUUUUAUUUAUUAUAUCAUUUUAUUUAUUUAUAUAUUUUUAAUAGUAUAAUUGUUAAUUUUAAAAUAACAUAUUUAUGAUCUUCAAAAUAUAAUACUUCUUAUAUAAUUAAAUGCUAAAAAGUAAAAUUUCUUGUAUAGCUUUUGAUAUAAUAAUUAAUAUAUUUAGUUUUAAAAAAAGAUGAUGUAAUCGAUAAUAUAAUAAUUUAAAAUGAUAAGAGAUGAAAUCUAAUAAUAUAUAUGAAUCUAAUUGAAGAUGCAUUGAUAUAUAAUCGUAUUAAGAAUUUACAUGAUAAAAGAAUAGUUUCAUAUUAAAAAAUUUUAAAUAUUUAAUUGAAAAAAAAUAAAAUUUGUUAUCGUAAUAUAAUGUUUUAUUUUAUUUACAUAGAUAAAUUUUUUUUAGAAUUUACUACCAGUUACAAACUAUUCUUUUGGAAUACAGAAAGCUAAACAUAUUUUUCAAACAUAUUUCUAAAAAUUCUGAAAAUUCAGUUGCUAUACAUUUUCACUAUUUAACAAUAUUUCAAAUUAGAAAAUAGUUCUGCUUUAGUUCUAACUAUGGAAUGUAAGCUUUCAUGAUUGAAAGUCGAGUAUUAGAGGUGGCGCCGCAUGGCGGUCAUUAUAUAAACUAUCACAAAGCGAGAAGGCGAUCUCUGUUUUUCUUUCUUUAUGUCGAUUAUGCUAUCUUCGUUUCUCUCUCUUUCUUUUCUUUCUCCCCUCUUCCUCUAUCCGUUGAAUACUAUAUAGUACAAUGGUCUAUUCUUUCGGUCUACCUGUCUGUUCUUUUCAUCUUUGUUCGUCCGCAAGCUGUUUGUUAAUCUCUCUCUUUCCCAUUUCGUUUUCUCAUAAUAGGUUUAGUUUUUCACUCUCUCUAACUUUCUCUCUUGUUCGCAAGUUACAGCACCCUCUGUUCUAUUCUCUCUCUUCGUGCGUCUCUCUUUCAGUCAGGCUGCCGCAGCCUCGAUCACUCUUUUCUUUUCUCUUUCUCUCUUUUACUUGGUCUCUCUAUCUCUCCUCUAUGCCCUUCGUUUCCAUGCAACCUCCCUCAGUGCGUGACGGGUCCGCGGGCCACGGAGAGUAGAAGCGCGCGCGCGGCCAUGUUUACUCGAUUUUGGUGGCGUUUCUUUGUCAGACACAACGCAUUCUUAUCGGUGCACGUUGCAAUAUUAAUUAUGCUCGCGGCCGGCCGCGUAACCACGUGUGCACGGUGAUUUUUAGUUAAUUGUGUUCUCUGUGUUGGAGAAGUGUCAUUUUACAGUUUUUUCGAUUGAACACCAAGAGCGUGCGCGUAUGUUGGCUCUUCAACACGAUUACGAGCACGUUGUGAGAACGAAAGAAAACGAUCAGCAUUUGGUGCUCAAUAACAAAUAAUAGAUUUUAACCUGGAAGACAAAACGUGACGAAAAUACCUCGCCUCCGCGAGAUGGAGGAGCUGCAUAAUGGUGUCAUCCUUAUCAAGUGUAAGUUUUGUUCCUAUGAACCACGUUCAAGGUGCAGAUCAUGGGAUGACGUAGGACCGACUAAAAUGGAAACAGUCGGCCAAACGCAUAGACAACACCAUCCCUCCUUGGAGGCAACUAGAUCCAAUACUUCAACACAGUCGGCUAGAAGUGAGGAUUCUUGGUGCUCAGCUUCAGACCAUGACCUUUCUUCGGAUGAUGAGAGUGAAAAGAGUAAUAUCAGUAUUAAAAGUAAUUGCCAAUUGAGAAACACAUUGCACAAAGCAAGGACGUUAUGCGACAAGUGGAGACCUCAAAAUAUGCGAGUGAACAAUGCUGAUCCAUUGGAUUCGCCCGGAAAUCAUGGAAGACUAUCUAGAUGGUUCAGCAUCCGGAGAGGAUCAACGCAACAAUAUGAUGUGGAUUCUUGCGACACGAUAUCCCUUACCAGUCCGAUCAAAACUCCCCAAAUGCCGCAACUUUGUGAAAUUGAAGAAGAAAAUAGCGCAAUGGUACAAUUCCAAUGUAUGCAGCAACGUAGACAAACUCCACCCGCUCUUCCUCCAACACCUUCGAAUUUAACUCCUCAACAAUUAAAACGUCGACAUAUAGUAGCCGCUAUAGUACACUCAGAAAACAGUUAUGUGUCUACGUUACAAAGGCUAGUAAAUGAUUACAAGAAACCAUUAGAGGAAUCCUCGCCACCUAUAUUGAGUCAGGCAAAAAUAGCAACAUUGUUUCAUAGAUUACCUGAAAUUCUGCAAUGUCAUACAUUAUUUAGAAUUGCAUUAGCGGAAUGUGUACGUUCAUGGGAUAAAGACGAAAAGUUAGGAGAUGUGUUUGUAGCAAGUUUCAGCAAGGCUAUCGUUCUUGACAUUUAUAGUGGAUUUAUAAAUAAUUUUUCAGUAGCUAUGGAUUUGGCUAAACAAGAAUCAAAAAGAAAAACUGCGCUUGCUGAUUUUUUCAAGGUGAAACAAAUAAGUGCACAUGACAGAUUAUCUUUUUUUGGAUUAAUGGUAAAACCUGUACAAAGAUUUCCACAGUUUAUAUUAUUCUUACAAGAUUUACUGAAACAUACACCUCAAGGUCAUCAUGAUAGAAUGUCGCUGCAAUUAGCAUUAACUCAAUUAGAAAGUUUAGCAGAAAUGUUGAAUGAAAGAAAACGAGAAGCAGAACAAUUCCAAGCAUUUAAAGAAAUGCUUCGGCAUGUAUCUGGAAAAUUAUCUCAUCGUCCUCUUUCAUCUUCAUCUAGGUAUUUAAUAAGAGAAGAUAAUGUUACACAGUUGGAAUUUAAUCAAAAUGGUAUGAUAACAAAAUCAAAAAGAAGAAGGUUAUUACUUUUAAAUGAUCUCGUAGUAUGCGUUUCGGUGACCCCAAGAUCUGCAGAAGAUUUUAGUGGUAGUGAAAGACUAACUUUGAAGUGGACAUAUCCUGUAUCAGAUAUUGAGAUUCAGGAUACAAGCACUUCACCCACAUUAAGUCGUUUAUUGACUGCUGGUCUAAAUAAAGGUGGUAGUCUAAAAUCUGAUAAAAGCGGAGAUUGCGGACAAGCAGGUGCAGAUAAUCUGUGCGUAGAAAUGAAUGAUCUAAUGCAUGAUUAUGAAGUAGUGUCUAGGAUAAGUGAUCUGAUUGCACAAUUGAAAGGUAAAUACGAGGGAAUGACGCUUGAAAAAACCAAACAAAUUCUACAGUCUAUACAACUUUCAAUACAACAAAAAGAUGAAGAUAUGGUUUGGGCAGAUAGUUGUUGCUUGCAAUUAGUAACAAAACAAGGACAAAUGUAUACAUUUCAAACUGAAAAUCCUUUAGUGAAAAAAGAUUGGAUAACAGAACUUAGACUAGCACAAUUAGCUUUAGAUCCGAAUAAUUCGCCAUCUUGGGAAGUACCUGAACAAGAACAAAGACCAUCUACCAAAAUGCCGCUUUUUGUUAGUUCUCAACAAGUAUAUCAUUCGCAACAUCAGACAGAAGUACGUUGCGGCUGCUAUUACACCACGCAAAAUCCACGUCCUACAAGACGCCGUGGUAGAAGUCAAAGUUAUUUAUGGAUAUGUACAGGAGACGGUAUAUCCAGUCAUGUAACAGUAUUUGGUCAAUCAACAACAGCCUCAGCCACUUCCUUGAAACAAAUUACGACUUUUGACUUAGUAGAAACUAAAGUUGCCGCUAUAGAAUUCGUAAAGGGUAUUUCUUCCGAUCCAUUGUCAUUAGCAGGAGAAGUUGUAUGGAUGGGUACAGAUUCUCGUAAAAUUAUCAUUUAUGCCGCAUUAGAACCUGAGAAGCAAGAAGAAUUAGGAAAUUAUUCUGUUGCUGGUCCAGUAAUACAAAUCAAAUAUCAUUGUGAUAAUGUUUUUGUUGCCCUGGGAAUUGGUUUGCUUCUCCUUUUCAAAAGACAAAUAGACGGCACUUGGAAUCUUAAAGAUCCGUUUAUAAUAUCUCUAGGAAGUGAAUCAGUAUCUUGUUUGAUGCCAAUCAAUGCAUCUGUCUAUGCUGCUUGCGGCAAAAAAGUUUGGGUACUUAACGCAGUUAAUGGUGAUGUUACCAAAAGCUUUAGCGCUCAACAUGAACAUGUUGGUAGUGUGAAACUAAUGGCUCAUUCUGGAGUCGGUCUUUGGGUUGCUCUUAAGAAUUCAAGUACUGUCUGUCUAUAUCAUACAGAAACUUUUAAACAUCUGCAGGAUAUCAAUAUUGCAUCUAAUGUAUUGAGAGUAACAAGAUCGAAUAACGCUUCGAAUUCUUGUGGUGACAACUUAAACAAUAAUCAAACCACUGUUACUGUGACAGCACUUUUAGCAUGUAAGGGUUUACUUUGGGUGGGUACAAAUGUAGGCAUCAGUUUGACAAUUCCUUUACCAAGAUUAGAAGGUGUACCUAUUAUUAGUGGCCGGGUCAAUAUUUCAUAUCACGCACAUUUCGGUCCUAUCACUUUUUUACUUGCUAUUCAGAAUCCAAGAAAUAUGAUAAAUUGUACAACUGAUGAAAUUAAUGAUGAGGAAAACAUACAAUUGAGAUCAAAAGAAUCGGAUAAUAAUAGAAACAGAGAUCGAGCAAGUUUAGAUUCCUCUACAUCGAAUAGCAUAUUAAAAUUGAAGCAACAAUUGGCAGGUAGUCCAGUGAUGUUGAGACGAAAACGUAGUAAAGAAUAUGAGAAUAGAGGUUCAAAAACACUUCCUAGAGGACUCGGUUCUGGUGGAGGAUUUCUCUCAAAUUCUAUGUCCGGAUCACACAGUUCUGGAGAAAAUUGCGACGUAUAUGGUUUAUAUGGAGAAUUGAUGUAUGUGAAGGAUUAUGAAAAUGAGAAUAACUCUGGCAUUGAUUUAAUUUAUGAGCCAUUAAGAAGAAGCGAUCCAGAACUGGCAGCCAUACCAAAUAAAGUUAGUACCUUAGAUCGUAGAUUAAAAAUGAAAAUUACUAGACCUAGAUCGCUUGAUUUAUCAAAUUGGUCUGUUGAUUCUCAUACAAGUUCUUUAUACACAUCUUCGGGUUCAGAAGAAAAUCUCUCAUUAAAAACUGGUAAAUUGUCUCGAAAUAGUAGUACAGCUAGUCGAAAUGGCCCUUAUGAAACAACCACUCCCAACAGUAGUAUAGGACAAUCUGUACCGGAAACGAUACCACCGCACAAUAAUAUAAAAACAAAUAAUAAAAAAAUCAACAAGACAUUACAACAAAUAGAACAGCCUAAACGAACUGUUUUAACCUUGAUGGGUGGUCGAGGUUACAUCAAUUGGAGACAAUUAAAUGCACAAUCGGUUACUGAUAAAGGUUCUAAAUCGGGUUAUACUUUCAAAGAUCCUAACAGUAAUGAUGCACACAUUGUUCUGUGGGAAAUGAAAUUAUGAUACUCAAUUAUAUUAGGCCUAUCGAUCCGAUAGUAUAGAUAAAAAUGAUAAAAUGCUUUUAAUGGCCGAUGGCGAGCUCUGUAGAAUCGGCAAAUAGGACCAAAAAAGAAACUAUUGUCGAAUUGAUAUCCAUUUAAUUAAUCGGGAUAUUCGACAAGAAUAUGUUAAUUAAUUAGCUCACUUUUUAAGUUAGUUGCACAAUAAGUGUUCGAUAAUGUUUUUUUGGAAUUAUGUUUAAAAUAAUGUUCAACAUUUUCGAACGUUCUUAUCGUUUGCAGUGCAAAGGUAUAGUUUUCAUAUAGCUCUCUAAAAAAGAAAAAACAAAUAUCUUUUUAUUAUACAUGCUUCCAUCCUUUAAUGCAAUGAAGAUCUUAAUAUUUUUGUUAUAAACAAAUUAUUUUAUGUACACUCGUAUAUAGGUUUUCACUUUUUUUUUUUUUAGGAACAAAGAGCAUACGAAUAUGCGUAUUAUUGAAAAGAAGAAUUGAUCUUUGAACAUCUAUUUUGAUAAAUAUUGUUAUUUCUGUAGUUAUAUAUAAAAUAGUUUAAAGCAGUGGUAUUCUUAUAAAUAAUAAUGUAAUAAAAAUGAAUUAAAUUUAAGAUUAUUUAUGAAUUAAUUUGAAAAAUGAUCGUGACAAUGAAUACCACUGAUUUGAAAUUUCAGUUUUUCGAGUUUUCGUUACUCGGUGGCAAUCAUGUGAUGUGCACAUGUAUUUGUAAGAUAUAUGAAUAUAAAAACGUUAUCUUACGCUUUAUACGCAGGACGUUUCGCGUCAUGGGAAAAAAUGAUAGAAUUUUUAAGCGUUUCUUUUGUUUUCAUUUCGAAUCUUGUAAAUGAAAAUAUAAAAAAGGACUCCCACUUUUGUAAACGGGAUGAAAUAAAGGACACAGAACAGCG